AUGUUGAAUCCAUCAGAUGCUGCUUCCGCCGCCCUCUCAUUUUCAGUUCCAUUCCAAAUGAGUGAGAAUCCACUCUCAAAACUCGUUGAGCACUGCAAUAAAUUUGUUCCGGGCGGGGAAAACAAGAUGAAACUGGAUCCGUCGAAAUCAGAUGCACUCCUCCUUCCAACUGAUAUGAAUGCGUAUUCUCCGUAUCUCACAAAUCCAAACUGGUGGGUAGAACAAGCAAAUUGGUCGCAUCUCUAUCCUACAGUAACCUCUGCUUCCUCAGUCGACGCAUAUCAUAACUAUUUGGCAUCCACACAACUCGGAGGCCUUCUGAGCUCGUCAGUAUCUGCAGUUGCUGCUCAACUCCCAUCAUCAGUCAGUGCACAAUCAGCUCUCUCCUCUUCAAUCGCCGCUCAGCAAAGAAGUAUUUCAAAGCAAGCCAAAUCAUCUGCAUCAUCAUCUGGAUCAGCUAAUUCAAAUGGAGGUGGAAAGUAUCAAGCAUCUCGAGCCGCCAACAAAUGCGAGUGUCCAAAUUGUCAGGAAGCAGAGAAAUUCGGUCCAACCGCUGUUGCUGCUCGGAAGCGCGGAGUUCACAACUGUCAUAUUGCCGGUUGCGGCAAAGUAUACAACAAAAGUAGCCACUUGAAAGCUCAUUUGAGAUGGCAUUCUGGAGAACGUCAAACGAAGAGACGUUCCGGCGAUAGCACUUGA